AUGCCAUCGUUGUUCGGUAAAAGUCAUCUUUAUCGUUACGAUAUUCAAGGUGGUGCCAAAAGUCAUUAUCUUGUUUUUGUACAUUUACCCUGUCUAUCAACACAUUUGAAGCACCUCUAUCAGCCAUCAUUAAUCCCAUUCAAUGAAUAUGAACAAGAAACAAUCGAAUGCUUAAUGAAUCACAAUAGUCUAACAAAUGAUUGUAUAAAUUAUCUAUUUCAACGACUACAUAUACGUGAUGAGAAACUUUCCACUUGUUUUGCGUUGUCUUAUUUUAAUAAGAUCAAUAAUCAAUCUUAUUGGCUCGAUCCAAGUCUACCGAUGAAACAACAAUUGCCCAAAUCGGAAACCAAACCAAAUUUAUCAUUUUCGAUUCUACUCUAUCCACCGGUGCCUUAUGGAAUUACAGAUGAAAAAGCUCAGCGAAUUCUAUAUCAACAACUUUUUUGUAAUUUUAUUUCGUCGAUGUAUACAAUUCCAACCAAUCUCAUUGAAACACUAGCCGCUUAUUUUCUUCGAGGUUGUUUUGACAAUAAGUUUGAUGCAGAUAAAAAUCGAGAUAUUCUUCGAUUGAUUAUCACUGCAGUUGGUCUUUCUGAAGAAAAUACGGAUGGAAUGAAGGAAAAAAUUGUGAAAUUGUAUCGAGAUUUGCAUGGAAUUGACAAACGAUCAGCACAAAAUCUAUUUGUACAUCAAAUAUCACAAUCACCGACUUAUGGAAUGACGCAUCUUGAAGUUAAAAAUACUUUGAAUGAAGCGAUCCAUCUCGGGCUCAAUCACAAUGGUAUUCAUUCUCGCUCAUUACUACGUAAUGAAUUCAAACUGGAAGUUUGUUGGCAAAAUAUUCUAUCAAUUUCGUCGAAUAAGCAACGUCAGAUAACGGUGACGGCAAGGAAUGGUAGUACGAACGUUCAGACACUCAUCUAUUACACAGAUUCAACCAACUACAAUCGUUAUUGUCUACGUUUACUUCAUCUAUUUUCAAAUUAUUUCUCGAAAUAUUCACACAGCCAAUCCGAGAACAUUCCCAAAUUACCAACGCCAAUGAUCAAGAAACCAAAAAUGGCUCAUGGAAUCAGUGUUCCAGAUCUUCGUUCGGAUGGUGAAUCGUUAAGUAAUGAUCGUACAUCGCCAUCCGCGUGCUCGUCAACACGUUCAUCGAACAACAGUUCGAGUAUUUGGACAGGUAGUUUACCAAAUUUAACUGUACAAUUAUCUACGCACCAACAAGCGAAUGAGAAAGCAAAGAAUAAAACAGAUCCAUAUGCAACAUUCGCAGAAAAUUUGAAUCAUAUCGAAGAACAAGAAACCAUCUCACCUAUUCCAAUCAAGAAAGCAUCAUCGUCGCCUCGACACUCGCUGCCAGUUUCAUAUCAAUCACAAUCACCGAUGCUCAAAAAGUUAUCUCAUCGUUCUUUGCUUACAUCUACUACCAGUCUUGGUCUAUCAUGUUCUCUUGCUACAUAUAAUAAAUCCUCUAUAUCACCAUCGAUUAUAAAUGUCUCUAAAAUAUCUUCGUCAAUUAAUCUUUCACCAUGUUUCUCGUGUGAAUGUCUUCAUCGUAGUGGUGAUCAAGAUUCACUUCGGCAUUCACCAUCAACUGUAUCAGCAAUAUCCACUACAAGUCGAACAUUUAUAAAUUCUCGAACGUUUCUUUCCUCCACAUCGGUACCACUUGAAACUGAUACUGUUAGUGUUCAUGAUGAUGCACCAACAGAUAUUUGGUUAUCUGAUUUCGAAUCCAAACUAUUGAGCAAUACCGUCUACGAUGAAUUCGAUUCUAUUCCACUGGCGCGUAUCAAUAGUUCUAUUCAAGAUGGUCGGCUAGGUGAAAACACUCGUCGAAAUCGUUAUGCUGAUGUCAUUCCAUAUGAUGAUACUCGUGUACGAUUAAUUCCAACAAAAGAAAAUCUCCACGGUUAUAUCAAUGCUUCACAUGUGAAGAUUCGUGUCGAAAAUACAAUUUACUCGUAUAUCGCUGCUGAAUCUCCUCUGCCAUUGACAGUCUACGACUUUUGGCGUAUGAUAUCUGGUAGUAAUGUCCAUGUUAUUGUGAUGUUAAUUGGCAAUGAUCUUCAACUAUGUGCAAAUUAUUUUCCUAAAAGCAAAAAUGAAAAGUGUCGAACGGAUGAGUUCGAAAUUGAAUUAAUUUCAGAACAAAAUCGUCAAGAUUUUCAUAUUCGACAUCUACGAAUGAAACUUCUCAACGGACAACGUACACGAACCAUUGUGCAUCUACAAUACACUGCAUGGGAUGAAGCACAAAUACCACUUGAUACUUCUUCAUUCAUAAAUUUUGUCAAUGUUGCAAAUAGUUUUCAAAGACAUUAUGGUGAAACAAAUCCAUGUUUAGUUCAUUGUACUGCCGGUAUCGGUCGUACUGGAAUAUUUAUUCUUAUGCACGUUAUGAUUCAAUGUAUAACUUUUAACAAAAAAGUGAGCGUUGCAAGUGUUUUAAAAGUCAUGCGUGAACAUCAUAAGAUUAUGGUUGGAUUACCCAACGAAUCAUCAACAUUCUGUUUUGAUCGAGAUGAACUAUCCAAGGCCGACUUUAAUGUGGAUGCGUUUGUUGUCAAAUAUAAACGAGAAGUUGGAUUAGAAAAGUUACGUGAUGAUUUGGAUCUCUUCCUUCGCGUUCUCCAAUCGAAUAUGGUCGAUUUGAUCAAUCGAGACUUUGCCGAUUUUUUGAAUCUAUCAACCAAUUUGGUUGGCUUCGACAAAUCGAUCACGACAUUGAAAAACCCUUUGACAGCUAUGAAAGUAGAUAUCUUGAAAAUUAAUGAAAUUUUGAGUGCACAGCGAAAGCAAGUCGAAGAGAAAGUACGAGAACAGGAAGCGAUUCGUAAACGCAGACAAGUCGUUCAAUCAAUCAUCGAUGUGCAGAAGUCUGUACAGCAAUUGAAUGAACUCGAUGAUGCAAUAAAUCUAUCAAAAAUCGAGAUCAGUGAAAUGAUCGAACGUGCUGUUGUACAAUUUAGUUUUAUUUCGAUUCAAUUAGAGAAAUGUGGAGAAAAUGAACCGGUCGUCGAAUCAUUGAAAACAACGAUCGAAAAUCUUCGUCGAGUAUUUGAAAAACGUCUAACAACUGCAUUUAUCGAUGCAUACUGUCAACCCAAUAUGUCGUUAUUAGCAGAUUCAUUGAAAGGUCUAGCAUCCAUAUCACUCCAGACAGUUGCCGAACAAACAUUUGCCAAUGAAAUCGUCCGGCCUUAUAUGGACAAGAAUAUUCGAAAUCUGCUACUACAACAAACUGAUGAUAUCUCAUCUGCAUUUACUCGUACGUUAGAUUUCAUUCGUACGGAAUGUAAAGCGAUGUUGUAUGUCGUGGAACGUAUCAAUCGUGAAUGCGGUAGUCAUUUUGAUUUCGUGGUUAAUUCGAUCAUUCCUCAAUUGACUCGAUGUCUGGAGGAAUCCUGUCAGAAUCUUUUCUCCGCUGCUGAUCCCGAUGUGUUUCACAAACGAUAUUCGUCCUGGUUAUAUUUCAUUUCGGAUUUGGAACUAUCGAAAACGAGUAAACAAAAUCUAAAAACUUCACAAGUUUACCAAGAUUUUUCGUCACGAUGGGAUAUCAUCGUUUAUUAUCAAAUCAGAUUUUUAGAAAUUUCCAAUGCAAUCGAAAAUGUCCUUCUUAACCAACCAUUUAGGCUUCAUGAAGAUAGCAGUGCUCUAUACAAAACAUUAAUUACAUCAACGAUCUUUCAAUCGAUGGAACGAUGUUGGCAAACAACUUAUUUUCUCGAGCCAUUGGCCCAUCAAUUCUGGAAAUUAACAUUACAAUGUCUCGUUCGGUUUCGUGUUUGGAUCGAAGCAUUCGAUGUCAAAACAUUGGACAUGAAAUUUUUAUUGAAUCUCUACAUUGAUUUGAAAGUUUUCUCUCAAGAAACGCAAACAUUCUUUCAUAGAACUAUUCUCAGUGAACGCUUAACAUCCAUAACUUCAUUAUCACCGAAUAUUACCACAGAAUUAACUAACAUUUUCAAUGAAACACUUUCGGUUUUAACGAACAAGUGCCGUUUUAAUUUGAAGAAUCUAGUCGUUCAACAGCUAAUUCAACGAUGUAAUGACACACUUCAAUCAGUUCAAGAUAUACCUCGAAUGUAUAGAAAAACAAAUAGAGAAGCUCCAACAAAACCAUCGAAUUGUAUUGCAACAACAUUCCGGCAUUUACAAGUGUUUGCCAAUGACUACAGUGGUACCCUGUUGACACCAGAAGAAUGUCAGGAAUUUCUGACUACAGUAUUAGAAGAAAUUACCAAACAUUACUACGAUCUUUGUUCGGAGAUUUUAUCCUCUGUGAAAAAAAUGGAAGAAAAUAUCCAGCGCCUACGUCGUGUUCGAGAAUCUUCCAAAGCCCUUUCCACGAUGUCUCAAAGUAUGACAGCAUCUUCAUCAGCCGCAUUGACAGAUGACAAUAAGAUUCGCAUGCAAAUUCAAAAUGAUGUCAGCGCGUUCAGUAGUGAACUCGACAAAUUCCACAUUGAGAUCGAAUCAUCGAAGAAACUUACUAUUCUUAAUGAAGAAAGUCGUUUACAAAUUUGA